AUGGCAGCCUCCCUCCUCCUCCUCUCCCCCUCGCCUCACUGCCACUGCAUUACCACGCCCACCAGGGGAACCGGAACGCCGCUGCCUUCCCCGCGGUGCCACCCACCAGCUCCGCGGCGCCGGCCGCGGCCGCGGGGCGCGGGGCUGGUGGCGAGAGGCGCCGCGGUGCCUCCCGAGCAAAGCUUAGCGCCUCACUACGAGACUCUGGGCGACGCCAAGUCUGCGCUGUACCAAGCUCUGGAAGGUAUCGACAGAGGAAUAUUUGGCAUAACCUCCGCGAAAAGGUCCGAGAUUCAUGCUCUGGUGGAGCUCUUGGAGUCCCGGAAUCCUACACCGAAUCCCACCGACAAAUUGCACGACAAGGUGGACGGCUGCUGGAGGCUCAUCUAUAGCACCAUCUCGAUUCUGGGGAAAAGGAGAACCAAGUUAGGCCUGCGAGAUUUCAUCAGCCUGGGGGAUUUCUUCCAGAUAAUCGAUGUCAAGGAGGAAAAGGCGGUGAGUGUCAUAAAGUUCAGCGCAAGAGCAUUGAAGAUAUUCUCAGGCCAACUUGCUAUUGAAGCAUCCUACACUAUCACGACAAAAACAAGAGUGGGUAUCAAGCUUGAGAGUUCAACAAUCACCCCAGAUCAGUUGAUGAAUAUCUUCCAGAAGAACUACGACAUGCUCCUUGCCAUAUUCAACCCAGAAGGUUGGCUUGAGAUAACAUAUGUUGACGAAUCUCUACGGAUCGGCAGAGAUGACAAGGCAAACAUCUUUGUUCUGGAGAAAACAGACCCAUCUCAAGUGUAA